CAUUUUGCGCUUUUAUUCUUCUUCCAUUCUCUUUCUUUCUAUCAACGAAAAACAACAAUGGAAUAUUUGCAGGACGCUGGGAUCCGCGUUUCUCGAUCACACAGAACAAUUCAAUUCAUCAGCGUGUCUCCACAUUUUCGCGCGUGAAACCUCAUCGCCAUUUUCCCUCUUCUUCUUCUUCUUCUUCACUGAUUGGAUUAAUUGCACGUAAAGGAGGUUUAAAGCUUCGCAGCACGUGUUGUUGUUGUUGUUCGUAUAAUUGUUGUUGUUGUGGCGGCAGUGGUAGUAUUUGGAAAUUGAGGAUUGAGUGGGGUGUGUGAAAAAUGGCUGCCAGGAGUGAUCACCAAACGGUUCCUCUUUCGGUGCUCCUGAGGCGCGAAUUGGCGAACGAGAAAAUUGAGAAGCCUGAGAUUGCUCAUGGUCAAGCGUGCCAGAGCAAGAAAGGCGAGGAUUUGACGCUGCUCAAGACGGAAUGCCAGAGGGUGGUGGGCGAUGGGGUCUCUACAUACUCAGUUUUUGGGCUAUUUGAUGGACACAAUGGAUCUGCUGCUGCUAUUUAUUCUAAGGAGAAUCUUCUAAAUAAUGUUUUAAGCGCGAUUCCUCCAGAUCUUAACAGAGAUGAGUGGAUAGCAGCCUUGCCCAGGGCUUUGGUUGCUGGUUUUGUAAAAACUGAUAAAGAUUUUCAAGAGAAAGGCCAAAAAUCUGGAACAACUGUCACCUUUGUCAUUAUAGAAGGAUGGGUUGUAACAGUUGCAUCAGUUGGUGAUUCCCGUUGCGUCCUUGAAUCUUCUGAUGGUGAGCUUUAUUACUUGUCCGCAGAUCACAGGCUAGAAACGAAUGAAGAAGAGAGGGUGCGGAUCACCUCUAGCGGUGGUGAAGUUGGUCGGCUAAAUACAGGGGGAGGUGCAGAGGUUGGUCCUUUGAGAUGUUGGCCUGGUGGUUUGUGUCUCUCACGAUCUAUUGGAGAUAUGGAUAUUGGUGAAUUUAUUGUACCUGUCCCGUAUGUAAAGCAAGUGAAGAUGUCCACUGCUGGAGGCCGGCUUGUUAUCUGCAGUGAUGGUGUUUGGGAUUCUCUACCUGCAGAAGUAGCCCUUGAUUGUUGUCGUGGAAUGCCAGCCGAUGCUGCUGCACCACAUAUUGUUAAAGAAGCUGUACAAGCAAAGGGACUUAGAGAUGAUACAACCUGCAUUGUAGUUGAUAUAUUACCUCAGGAGAAACCACCUGUUUCUGCGCCACAAACAAAGAGGCCAGUAAAGGGAAUGCUCAAGUCCAUGUUUCGUAAAAAAUCUUCUGAAUCAUCUUCUUAUAUUGACAAAGAGUACAUGGAGCCAGAUGUAGUAGAAGAAUUGUACGAGGAAGGAUCUGCCAUGCUUUCAGAGAGGUUAGAUACUAAAUAUCCAGUCUGCAACAUGUUCAAGUUGUUUAUGUGUGCAGUAUGUCAAGUAGAGAUAAAACCUGGAGAGGGUAUUUCAAUACACGAGGGUGCACCCGACUCUCGAAAAUUUCGUCCCUGGGACGGACCUUUCCUGUGCUCAAGUUGCCAAGAGAAGAAAGAAGCCAUGGAAGGGAAAAGAUCAUCAGGUAGAAUUAGCAGUGGAAGUGAUGAAUGAACUCUCGUGUAAAUUUGCAUUUUGAGAGUGAUAAAAAUUGUUCAUAUGAUGGGAAAGUCAAACAAUUCAAUCAACAAAGACUCCCUUCUAAUUUUCACUGGGGCUUUAUGGAUAUAAUUUUGAAUUCCACAUGAAAAGACAUAUGAAAAGUAAACCAAUAGCAGCCUGUUAGAAGAUUUCUGACUUGGAAGUAUGAAAUAGCAACAAGUAUUGUGAAGGGUUGUGUUAAAUGUGGAAGUACACAACAAGAUAUCAGAGGUAAUGCAUUCUUUUUAUAUACUUUUUUUUGUGGGAUCCGUUCAUUUGUAUACGGGUCAUUUGGAAUCACUAUAGACCUUUAAUGAAAGUGGUCUUUGUUAUUGUAAUGUAAUAUAGGGAGUUUAAUUAGAAUUCAUAGAAUCAAUUCUACUGUAGGUUAGAUGUGUGUUAAGCCUUCUGAAUGAUUUUUUCCUCUAACAUUCGAUUUUGACAAUUCCUUUUGCCAUACGAGCAUUAGGUCUUUUGUAAAAGAUGUUAGGUGGAAUUAUCCCCCGCACCCCGUCUCAAAAGUCUCACAGAAAAAAGAGGGGAAAAAAAUACAUAGUAGUUUAUUACACAUUUACAUCCCACCUAACUUUGCUGUUUUUCCGUAUGUUAUUUGUAAAUUACACCCCACCCUUGAAAAUUGCUGAACCGUUUCACCCAAAAUGCAUGCUGUAAUGUCUUUGUUUUUA